AUAAUCUGGAAAGUUGUUACUCAUUCAACGUUCAAUCAUUUUCCCAAUUACUCUAAAUCUUUGUGGAUCAUGGAAUAUGAAAGUGAAUCUACUGCAUGUGGCAUAUGUGGAAAUUACAACGACAAACUGGUAAAUCUAAAGCCGCAAGAGCAAGUCUUGGUUGGAAAAUUGUUCAGAUGUAUCUCGCUCCAUCCCAAGUCAACGGCUACUUGCGACCACUGCCUGCACAAACUAUACAAUUUCAAAAAUUUUCUAAGAGAAAUCAUCCUCAGCCAAGCCAAACUUCGACGAACUCAUGCGAGAAAAAUGGAGGAAGAUCCAAACCGAAGUCCGGAGAAGGAUCAAGAGGAACCACACACCGAUAAAUACAACUGCAAGUGCGUAAAUUGCCAAAAAAAAUUUGGAAGCUUGCCACUCCUAGUCGAAGUGAUCGAACAAAAUGAAGAUAAGACUGAAAGAAACGUGAAUGAACCGGUGCCAUCAACCAGUCGGGAAAUGUCACCUAAAAGCAGCCGAAAACUCAUGAAAUGCACACACUGCGAUAAAAUGUUUACUCAUAAGGGAGACUAUAACAAGCAUCUUCGGAAACACACUGGAGAGCAACCCUUCACCUGUUCUAUCUGUGAUAGGAAAUUUGCACACACAUCUAAUUUAGCUAGGCAUAUGCGACUUCAUAGUGGCGACAGACCAUUUACCUGUGAAACCUGCCAAAAAAACUUUAGUAGGAAGGAUAAGUUGGAACAGCACCGAAAAAGCAAAAGCUGCAAGAAAACCAGCUAACCACAGCCUUUAAAUAUAAGUACAAUUAAAAUUAAGUUAAUUUUAGUACACUGAUUUGUAAAUAUAAAAUAUAAUAAACUGACUUUUAUUAAA